GUAGACUUAUGCCCAGAGGAAUUCCACAACAGCGUACCUGCAAGCGUAGCUCUCCUCGGGGAUUUGAAGCCCGUUUGUGUUCAGUUGCUCAAGGAGGUUUCAGGUCGGCUUAUCUCCCAUGACUCACCGUGGUGGGCAAGGUUGGAUGAAAAAGCACAGGCAAAUAUGCAGAUUAACAGAGCCAUGGCUGAGGACAUAUCAGUCCCUCUGAACUACUAUGCAGUGUUUAGCCACCUCCAGCAACUAUUGCCUUCAGACUGCAUCAUCGUCAGCGAGGGGGCCAAUACCAUGGACAUUGGUCGCACAUUUCUGCUCAAUAGGCUUGCACGCCAUCGACUUGAUGCAGGCACUUUUGGGACCAUGGGGGUGGGUCUGGGCUUUGCCAUUGCCGCAGCCCUCUAUGCACGAGACCACGCCCCAGGCCAGAGGGUCGUGUGUGUUGAGGGUGACUCGGCAUUUGGAUUCAGCGGCAUGGAGUUGGAGACCAUUUAUAGAUACAACCUCCCCAUCGUCGUUAUUAUCAUCAAUAAUAAUGGUAUCUAUGGAGGCCUAGACAAGGAACUCUUCCAGGACAUCCGCGAUGGAGUGGAUGUCACCCUCGCAACGCCACCUACCUCACUGCUGCCAAGUGCACGUUAUGAACGCAUGGCCUCUAUCUUUAAUGAAUCAGGACACCUCUGCACCACUAUCCCGGAGCUGGAGUCUGCUGUCAACCUGUCUCUUGCCGAAUCCCAAAAGCCGUCACUGAUUAAUGUGCUGAUCAACCCCAUGGCACAACGCAAGGCUCAGGACUUCGAUUGGCUCACACGGUCAAAGAUUUGAGCAAAGACACAUUAUUCCAACUAAUUUUAUGAAUUAUUCCCCAAGAAAUGCAAUGAACAGUUUGAUACAGCAUCUUCAACAGAAUGAAGGGCAGUAAUGUAAUGUGGAUUACUCAUUUCACAUUCUAGAAUUAUUCAUUCUCAUUUAUCCUUAUUCUCCAAAAAGGGGGAGUAUGAACAAAUGACAUGAAAGUAUUAGGAUACACAUAAUAGUAAAAUAUUAAUCAUCAUCAGAGUUACUUGGAGAAUAUGAGUUACAUGCCUUGCAUAUUACCAUUAUUAAUUUUUAUACAGAUUUGUCAUCAAUAAUUUUUCAUCUUUCUUUACCUAAGGACAAAGAGAUUUUAUUGAUAAUGUAGAAUAUGCUUCAGAACCAAUGUAUUAGCUUUAGUGUAAGAAGAUUCUAUAAUAUAGUUGUAUAGUUUUAUGAAUUAUUAUUUUCAGAUUUUAUUGUUCAUAUUAAAAGUGAACCGAGCAUA